UCCAGGCGGGGCAGAGCGCUUGAGGUCUCGAUAACUCUCUCUCUCACACACACACAGACUUUCUAGCCAUGCACCGCCGUCCACUUCUUUCUGGAUUUGUAUCUUUGUGUGGUUGAGAUGUUGCCAAAUGUGGUCGUUUUGUGGUACAUGCUUGGUUUUCUGUUGCGGCACUGCGCUGCUGAUCUGUGCAACUGGACUGGAAGCGGUUUUGCAGCUGGUGUGGACUCCAGGAUCGUACUCCAGGUGCGGCUGCGCUGCACAGAGGGCUCGGUGAGGUGGAUAUACCCGGGCCAGGCUCUCCGGGUGGUCCUGGAGCCCAACCUGUCCUCCACCCUGCGUACCACCGUCUGCAUCAAACCGUCUCCCUCCUUCCGCGGAGCCAGCGUGUUCAUUGAACGGGCCGGGAAGCUGGAGCUGCUGGUGACGGAUGGCGGACGGGACGAGCGGCAGGUGUUCUGUUUCCGGGCAGAUGGUCCGCACAGGCCCGCCAUCUACCUUCAAUCCAGCCCGCAGACCGAUGGAGCCUGGAGCAGACGCACGAUGGGCUUCAGAUAUGAGCUGCUGGCCAACAGGAGUGCUGCACCCAACCUGGGCCACAGCGGGCUUCAGCCUUCAUGCAGACCCUGCAAUGACACAGAACUCCUCAUGGCCAUCUGCAACAGUGACUUCGUGGUCCGAGGCUCCAUCAAGAAUGUCUCCCACAACUCUGCAAGCCAGACAUCGUUGGUGGAAGUGUCAGCAGCGCGAGUGUACUGGCAGCGCAGUGGAGUGUUUGAGCAACAAGCGGCUGCCUCUGGAUCAUCUCGACCAAACAAGUCUUGGCGUGGACACAUCCACACACUCUUGCAGUGCCAUGUGAAGCCUGGGGACGGAGAGUUUCUCUUCACAGGGUCAGAACACUUUGGGGAAGCUUGGUUGGGAUGUGCCCCACGAUACAAAGACUUCCUGUCUGUCUACCAGACCGCCUGGGCGGCACGUCGGAAUUCCUGUGACUUCCCUUUAGACUGAGGAAGUGUGUUGUUUUAGCACCACUGAGCACUACCCGUCUCUAUCCACAGGCAUCCUCACCCUUCUACUGGCACUGUGGGAUCCCUGUAUAUGGUUGUCAUGUGCCAGCAAGGUGGCAUCUAGCAUCACCAGCAGGGACGAAGCUGUUGAAUUGCUGGUAAAAAGACACAUUUGGAAGAGCAGAGCAGGGGCACACAGCAGGCCCUCCUGCACUGAGGCUCACAGAGGGUCGGCCUUUGUCUCUCUCCCAUCACUGUUCUCAGUCCUGGGAGACUAAAGGGGUUGGGUUGCUGCUUGCUUUCUCUUUGUGCUUCUCUCAGCAUCAACCGUCGUUCACUUUGCUGGCUCUGUGGGACAACUGCCCUCUGAACUGAGGUGGGAGGGACGGCUAAAGCACAGCCAUUUGUAACCCACAGUUUGUCUUAGUGAAUAGGCCUGUACAUGUUAUUUUUAUUCUGAUUUAUCUGUGCUAAAGUUUCAAAUCUUCUUUGCUUUUUCUAUUUAUAUGUGCUGUACAGUACACAUGACCUUUGAAUUAAAUGAUAUUGCAGCAGGAUUAUUGUAUUUGUAAAGCAAAAUAAAUCCUCUGAAGACUCUU